AUGCCCGCCAUCAACGCCAUUGUCGCCCGCGACGCUGUUCACCAGCUCGCCAAGCGCCAGAACUGGGCUUCCCAAGAGGCCGGUGUCAUUGUCGUCUUCUGCAUCGUCUUCAUUGUCGCCGUCGGCGUCAUUGGCCUCUGCGUUUCCCGCGCCCUCUCGCGCCGCAAGGCCAACCGCCAGGCUUCUGCGUCCCAUGUCUAA